CGGUCUGCACUUGCGUGUUAGUCCUUCCUCACGUACAGUUUGAGCUCAUGAAAAGUGAACGAAAUGGUUGUUUAUACUUUCAUUUAGUCAACUAAAGCGACACAAUAUAAUCUCAAUUCAAGAGGAGCGGAUUACACGUUUUCUAUGUUAUUUUGGUAGCUUGCUUGGAUGUUUAUUUAUGUUCUGUUGGACCAGUUGAUUCAAGUGCUUCAAAGUCAGGUUUGGCUUGAUACUACAGCAGCCAUCUAUGUAAAGUAACGUUAGCGAAUACAUUUGUCACAUUUUUCCUCUUGAGUCAAUUAACAUUAGGUAGAGAGAGUCUGACAAUUCUGCCAUGGGACGAAAGAAACAGGGUAAAUUUGAGCGCCCAGUGAACAAGGGGAAAGAUAAACGACACAAGAUGAAGGGGAAAUCUCUUGAGUGUUUCACAGAAGAGAUGCAUGGUGCAUUGCAAGCCAGCAUGCAGCCUGAUGAUGCAGGGGAGGCUGCCCAGGUGAAGUUGCCCUGCCCCCUGGCUAUGUGGGAGCUGGGCCACUGCGACCCAAAGCGCUGCACAGGAAGAAAGCUGGUCCGCAAAGGCUUUGUUCACAACCUACGCCUCAACCAGAGGUUCCACGGACUCAUUCUGAGCCCCAUGGGCACCAAAUAUGUCUCACCAGCAGACAGGGACAUUGUGGCUCAGAAUGGACUGGCUGUCAUUGACUGCUCUUGGGCUAAACUUGAGGAGACGCCCUUCAAUAAAAUGAUAGGUAGUCAUCCUCGGUUGCUACCGUACUUGGUUGCUGCCAACCCAGUGAACUAUGGCAAGCCCUGCAAGCUGUCUUGUGUGGAGGCUUUUGCUGCCACCUUCUGCAUUGUGGGUUUCCGGGACCUGGCUGUGAUUCUGCUAAGGAAGUUUAAGUGGGGGACUGUGUUUCUGGAUCUGAACAAGACUCUGCUGGAGCGCUAUGCAGCUUGUCAGUCAGAGGAGGAGCUGCUGGCUGUGGAGAAAGAGUACCUUAACACCCCUCCUGAGAAAGAGGAGUUUGAUCCAUUCGAUGUUGAUUCAGGGAGAGAAUCCAUGAAUCUUAACAGACCCCGUCGUGUUGCUGAGGAAGAGGAUGAUACAGAGAGUGAUGGUGAGGAAGCUGGAAGUUCUGGGACAUCAGAAAAUGAUGAUGACGAUGAUGUCGAAGAGGAAGAGGAAGAAGGGGGAAAGGAGAGAAAAACUGGAGAUGAGGAGGAAGAGCCAGGAGAGUCAUCAAAAGUGCAAUGAAAAAUGUGAAUGUACUGGGGACUUUGAGGAGAAUGGCAAGACUGAUUCACUAUGUGAAAUUGAGGCCCUUUGUUUACUUAACAUGGUGUACAUUUACCUGCACACUAAUUCGAUAUUAAACGGUUUAUGGCAGUUGUCCGAGUAUGGCAGUAGGCCAUUUAUCGUAAUUGAAGUUGGCAUACGCCGAUUAAAACACCUGGUUUUCUGAUCAGUCUUUCGAAUUAUUAGGACAUGUAAACAGAAGUUGUCUGCAUAUGGCAAUAGGUAUGUAAACACUUUACUCUGAUUAUCGUAAUCGAAGUAAGCAUACGCCGAUUAAAACACCCUGGUGUUCUGAUACAUUUUUCGAAUUAUUAGGACGUAAACAGCGUAAUCCGCGUUCCAGCGGUGUAUUUGAACUGCCAGCACUGGUAGCUCAAGCCUCCCUCUUGCAGGAGUGAAGUGAGUUUGGAAAAACUGAAAGUAGGCUAUACAUCUUGGAAAUAUUUUUCACAUACAAAUGUUAUAUGUCCGAAUUUAGAAUCAAGUAGGCUUCGCAAAAAUAACAUGGUCGCUGUGGUAGAAUGUUUAUUUUGAUUGGCGAUGUUCUGCAUUUAUUUCCCAUCAAGUAGACUGAUUUCAGAUGUUUCCAUGUAAACAGGAUUAUUAGGGAAAUCUUUCUUCUUGCAAAGCAUGUUAACAUUUUCAGCGAACUAUUAUAUUAAUCUAUCAACAAUAAUCAUAUUGUGUGCAUGUAACCUUACUCAGUGUCUAUACAUUCUUAAUUCAGUAAAUUGAAUUGACGAGUAUUACAUUGAAUUGAAUGUAAUGCAAUUAGGCCUCUUAA